GAAUGGAUGGCUGGAUUGUGGAAGGUUUCAUUCUGCCCCACCCAGACGGUCCGCACCGAAUACAGCGGCCCCAUUCCAACCAACUUGACAGUUUGGUUUAGCACCUCGGCUUUAGGCAGGCAUUGUCCUACAUUCCGCCAGACGAAGAAGCAGUUGAAGACAGGCUACAGCAUCCUCAUCUGCUUAGUAUGUACUAUAUACUAUCUGGACCUAAUAGGACUGCGACAAGAUAGGGGAUCACAUUGUUUUGGAGCUCUCGACGGUAGGUCGGAACGUGGAUAUCCGUUCUGUAACAUACUCAGGUGGAUUAGUAUGCAGUUCACAUACUCAGCUUGAAGCUAACUAGUUAAGUAUGACAGGGUCGAACCGAC